CAGCACACAAUGAAUAUGAUGCCAACUUUAGAACCUAGAGAGUCUAGUGAACGCGAUAGUCGCUACUAUGUAGAGAUUGUCACGUCGCUGCCACCUUACAAGAAGCAUCGGACAUCGUUACAUAUUAAUUUACUGAUAAAUGAUCAGAAAAGAAAUUCUCCGGUGAUCGUCUUCAGGUAUGGAGAGAACAGAUUUCGAGUCUGUUGGCACAUGACUUUGAGGCGCCCUAAGCUUGAAGCAGAUUUGAAAUCUCCAGUUAAAAUUGAGUUUCAAUCUUCUGAACUGGUGUACUCUACCAACAUGGUUGUGGCGCCAGAGAAAGUGGCGGAGACUGUGGCAGUAGUGCCACGACCUGGCUACGAGGAGACUUCAGUCUUUAGUUUGUUGGAAGUGUCCGAUCAUAGACGUCAUAAAGAGGAAGUCACAUUUCAGCCAGUUCUGCAUCCUGUCAGAUACGCCGAUACCGCCUAUGUCUAUCUCAACAGUACUAAAAAGCGCUUUGUCAGCAGGACCUUCUACGAGGCUAGGAUUAGACCACGUAGUUUCUCAGACACCACGUACACAUUUCCCAAGACAGCUGACCACUUCUACGUCAGCUAUCUGGACGUCCACAAUCACGAGAACAGGAAGUGGUACAAAACGAGCGUGGAAGUCAAGGCCAGGAAGUUCACAACCGAGCACAUCUUGCGACCUCCUGGCAGCACUCGUACAGAUUUCUUGACCAAGACUGUCGUCCAUUCGUCCACACAUCCGAGUCAGAGAGGAUCUGGCUUAGGUCUCGAUCAUAUCCCUAGCGGGGCUUCGUUUAACACAUCUAACGAAGUCUACGUGAAUGGGGCGAAAUUUCAAGAGGAGUAUGACCCGGGGGCUUCACAGAUAUACAUCCCCAAAUCUCUGAAAAGAUCACUCGGUGAGCAUUCAUUGCUCAAUGGGGACAUAAAGCUUCAAUUUGGAAAGAAAACUCUGGACUUUAAUAUGAAUGAUCCUUUGUUGGACUUUUCGGAUGUCUAACGAAUUAAAACUUUGUAACAAACAAUGUGCUAUAACUUAUUGUGUAAAUAAACUUUUAGAUUAGCUUUAGACAACAAGAAACAUGCAUUUUACCCUUUUAACUGCCGCAAUAUUCUUACAGAAGUUACGCUUGCAUUGCCAUUUUUUUAAAUAUUAGUCAAUUCAAACCCGGUCUCUAAGGGAAUAGAUUAGCAUAGAGAUUUUUUACAAUUUGCUUAGCCUCGCUUCGGUCAGAGGUAACAAGCUAAUCAAGGGAAUAACAGAUGGUCUGUGGUCAAGAAAGCCUGUGACUUAAGAAAUUGCUAAUACGAAUUCUAAAACUAUACUUUUUAAAGGGGGCGUGUGUAAAAGUCAAACAUAACAUGAACUUAAUAGAAGUUAUGUUUUAUAUAAAUAACUAUACAUAAUUAUGACAUAUUAUUUUUACAUAAUGAUUAUAAUAGACGUGAUAAAGCAAUUCUUGUGUUUGAGUGAUGUAUAUGUUUCUAGUGAGUUUCAUACUUACUGAAGACUGUGUCAUUUUAUGUUAGGUGAAAUGUCAAAUACCUGGAUACGAGUGCAAUUGGCCGAAGAUGAUGUCUCCCUAAGUUUCUAAUUCCUUUCGUUGGUCAGCCUUACUUUGGAUGUGUAGCACGACAUGUGGUCAUUUUGUCUUCAUCGCCUUUGUUCAUUCAAGAAAGACAUUUAUUUUUUUCGAUUUUUCGCAGUCAAAAGAUUUCCACAAAAAGGAAUGGGGGGAAAAACCGAAAAUCUCAAUGGAUCGCAAGAGCUACCUUGGCAUGCAGAACCUCGUCAAUAGCUGCACAAUCUCGUUAUCUUUUAGCUUUACCGAAAUAGAUCUAUACAUUAAUUACAUUUCAUACAUUUAGUCAUUAAUGAUUUUGUUAAAUUCCUUUUCUAGUAUAUUCUAUGUUGUUGAGUCGAAUCUUUUGUGUAUAUAUUUUUAUUUAAUUUUUUAAAUGUCGAUAUCUCAAUAUAUUUUUUAAGUCCCCCAGGGCUAUUAGAUAGCUGUGCAAAUUUGUAUAUAGGCCUGUAGGGAAAGUCAAAACUGGCUUUUUUUUAAAUUUUAUUUCUGUAUCUAUUGUGAUGUAUACUAACGCUGUGUAUGCUAUAAACACGUAAGGUUUUGUGAUAUCAUGAGAGAAUGGCUAACAAAAUAAAAAAGUCUUUUGAAAAUUGCAAAGAUAAUUGCGUAUUUAGUUAUUAUAAUCAGUGUGUUUAUGAAUAAAGAACUGUCAUUAAUGAAUGAAGGGAAUUAACCCAUUGAAGUGUCUUACCAGUUGUUUACAUCAAAGAUUAAGACUUGAAAACAAGAACAAUUAUCUUUUCUUCCUCUCACUUCCGAACUGCCUUCUUUUUUUUUUCCCUCAUUGAAAUUCUAUUGUUAUAAACUUGUAUUUUUGUAUGUAUGUAUGUAAAUACAUGAAAUGAAUUUAC